AUGGCUACCAACGCUACAUCGACCGACGCGCUUCGGGGAGGCUGUCCCGCGCCUUUCUACGACCAGGCACGAUUUGGAUUCAACGGCUUCGUCGAUGGAAGAUUCUGCGUACCUUACACAGAUGGCAUCGUUUGCUGCCUUCCAUGUCCACUGACAGACGUUCUAUACCCAGAGAGUUUCAACACUACCUACCAAGUGGCAGAAGCACUCAAUGUUGUGGGACUCGUAUGUCUUGUGUUCAUGUUGAUUACCUACGUUGUCCUUCCGCCUGAAAAGACACGCCGACACUACCUCAGCUACUGCCUCAUUCUAGCGGCGAUUUUCAUGGCACUUGGCUUUGUGAUACCGUUCGGCGCUCAGCCCGAGCAGUGCUACGACGAGAUUACCCCCAACGACAUGUACUCCAGCCUUACAUGUGCCUUUUCCGGCGCCUUCCUCAUUUCCGGUGGUUUGUCAAUGGCUGUCUGGAUCUUCAUUCGCGCUCUUUCUAUGCACCUUCAAAUCUGCUGGGACGUCACUCCUGGAAAAAAGUUUUUUUACUGUGCCCAGGUUUUUGGAUGGUCCGUUGCUGCCGCCUUCUUCACCGUCACCAUUACCAUUACCGGCGUAUCGUUCAGGUUUGGGGAUGUGUGCCACGUCAACGCCAGUCAUUCGAUGCAGGACUUUUGGGGCCCCUUGCUAGCUAUUUCUGGAGCGGCUACGGUCAUCCAGGUCGCAACAUUCGUGUAUUGCAUCAAGGUCUACCUUCAGAACAUGUUUAGCGACGACAAAACCGACACACAAAGCAGCGCAGGCUUUCCUUCCUAUACGACCAGCAUACGAAACCACUCAGCCCGAGCCGUCUACCGACGUGUCCGCAAAGUACUUUACCUCCAAUGGCGCGGCAUCACCAUUGUAAUCUUCAUUCUCGUCGACGUCGUCUUCUUCUCGAUUGUUUUCAUCUGGCUCAACUCGGUUACCAAGAACGCUACCGACAAGGUCACAGAACUCUACCCGUAUAUCCUGUGCUUGAUGGACAACAGCGAGAACCCGGCACCCUGUUUCGAACUGGGCCAGGAGAUUGCCAUUGAUCAGUCCACAGUGACUGCGGUCUUGAUCAUGCUUUCAGUUGCAGGGAUUCAAGUGUUCCUGUUACUUGGGCGAUGGAGCAUGAUCACAGGAUGGCGAGAUUUCUUCCGCGACAAAUUCAGCAAGAACCGCGAGUUUGUGUCUUUGGAUGCCAGGAACCCCACAGAUGACAUGCGCCAGUUUGAACUCAAGAACUUUGAGCACCAAAUGCCCCCGAACGCACACGUUGCCCCCGAGCUCGCCAGCUAUCCCAUGGACAACCCCCGAUCUGACACUCCGGAGCAUUUCCAGAAAGAGAUCCAGCGUGAUUACAAGAGCCCAACACUGAGCUUCUCAACUCCAAGACCACAAUCACGAGCAGCCCCACAGAUUGAAUGGGACCCAAGGUCGUCCAUGGCUAGAGGAGGACUUGGACUACACCCCCCUGACUAUGACUCCAAUGUCUGA